AUGAGACCUGUAAUAAAAAGAUCAGUACAACGAUUAUAUUAUAGUAAUGAUGGGGGAUAUAUGAAAAGACGGUUACAGGAUUUGUUAGAGAGCAAUACUAUCGAUCAGAAUGAUCCAUUGAUGAAGAUCAGCCACGGUUCAAAUGGCAAGAGUAGGGAUAUCAACGCGAUAUACAAAGAUCUAGAUGAUAUUAGUUUCAAGGAUAAGUACAAGGCGGAGCUUUCUAUUACUGACGGACAUAACAAUAUGAAUAAACAUGCACGAGAUAUCGCAACUGGAAAGCCAUGGACUAGUGAUGAGGAUCCAAUGGACACUUCUUUAAGGAUGCUUUUAGACGUCGCGCCAAAAAGUAAGGGAGGACAUGGUUCUGUUUCGAACUUGGGCUUCAAAAGUUAUAAUAGUACAAUACGUGAAAUGAAUGAACCUAGAUCCACUAGAAGAUCUAUACGAAUUCGGGAUCGCUUGGAAAAAGCACAGGAUAAGGUUGGAAUUUAUCAGCAAGAUAAGAAAUCGGCUGAGGACAUAGAGAAGAAAGAAGCCUCCGAAUUUAGAGCUCUUUAUGCUGAGAAAUUUACACCGAUUGGAUCCUUUGAAAAAUUGCGAUCUAUCGCUGACGCCAGGAUUGAGGAAAGUAUGAAGAAAGGAGAAUUCAAAUCAGUGAAGACACUUUACGGUAAAGAAACUGAUGUGGUAAACAAUCAUGCGCAUAUCGAUAGAACUGACUAUCACUUGAACAACAUUUUGGUUCGGCAGAACAUUGUCCCUCCCUGGAUAGAAAAACAAGGAAGUGUUGAUAAAGAUAUUGAAAUGUUUAGAAAAGAACUCAAGCGAAAACUUGAAGCUGAUAUUCUUCUUCGAAUGCAAAGGAAGAAACUUUUCUCCACAGGAAAUAGCGAUCUAUUGGAAGUCUUCAAAUCAAUUAGCACCAGUAGUGAGCAGUUCCUCCAAAAUUGUUUUGAUACAUGGGCCCCGUCCACCAAAAGUUUUUUGAAAUCAAAUAUACCAAGACUCAAUAGCAGCUUAAGGAGUUAUAACUUACAAGCCCCUUUACCAACUCAGAAGCUUUAUCUCGUUGAAGACCGUGAGCUAGAACGAGCAAGGAAAGGUGUCGAUCUAGAGGAACUAUUCAAAACGGAAUUUGAAAAACAGUUAAUCCGCAAAAAGCCUUCAGUGGAAACGAAUAAAUCGAGUUCGUUUUCGAUAUUCAAUCUUUUUAAGCCAUAUUGA